AUGCCUUUCCAAAACUGAACUUUCCUCCUCACGCUAAACGAAGCUGAACAAGAAUUAACCUGGUCUUCCAUACAGGAAACAGCAAAUCUCUUUCUACCUCCCUUCCGCCAUUCUUCUUCUCUGCAUCAUCUUUGCUAUAUAACCGUCUCUCUUCUCCACCAUUUUCCCCACAAAUUAAAUUAAACCUUCAAGUUUCCCAAUCGAUAUCGUUAGGCCUUCUUUCAUUUUCAUCGUCAUGGAUUCUGUAUUCCACAAUCUGGAAAUCAAUGUUUUAUCCGCAGAAAACCUACGCCUGGAUGGAAAAUUCGUGAAAAAAGAUACCUUCGUUGUGCUAAAAUUCGAUCCUCUCAAUUACAAAUCAACCAACGCUGAUCGCGAAGGGGGAAGCAAUCCUUCCUGGAAUCAAAAACUCGAAAUGGACAUGCCAAUGCAUGCUCGCUUUAUUAUCUUAGAAGUGCAAUGCAAAAUUGGCUCGACGAAUAGAGUGAUUGGCACAGCUAGGGUUCCCGUUUCUGAUUUCUUGGGAGGAUAUACUCCAGUAGAUUAUUUGCAUUUUUUGAGUUAUAGGCUGAGAGAUGCGAGGGGUGAAAAGAACGGAAUUAUUAAUAUUUCUGUGAAAGUGAAGCGGCUCGCUCAUGACACGGCUCAUGCUUGUUACCCGUGUUCUUCGUCAUCAUCGUUGUCGCAGCCAACUUGGGGAAUGCCCGCUGCUGGUGGUGAGAAGAAUUGUCGUGAAUCUGUAGUAACAGGAAUUCCAAUUUGGUGUGCAUCACAUGCUUAAUUGAUUAAUAUAGGUUUCUGCUUUUGAAUUUGAGUGUUAUCCCAACUCUGAUCAACAAUGAAGUUUAACUAAAUCCAUUAAUCUUUAGUGAUAAGUUUAUUUAAACUUUGUUCAUUAAGAAUUUUUAAACUAAUGUUUUAAUUUAAUCAAAAAAUCAAA